UACAAAAACGUCGAAGUUACGCAAAUGCAACCGAAGAACAGUGGAUGAGAUCGAAAAGCUCAAACAGCUGAUUGAGUUGAAUAGAGAAGAGAAGAGAUACCGGCUAGGUGGCAACGUCAAUCGAGAAAGGUAAACGAUUUCGUGACAAGCAAAUCGUUAAACAUAACAAUAUGCCCAAAAACAAGAAGAAAGCCGAAAGUUCUAGCGACAGCGAUGAGGGACCUGUUGAUAGAAAUGUACCUCCAGAAAAGAAAGCCAAAAUGGGCUCCAGGACUACCGACAAAGAGCCCACAUGGGUACUGGAGGGUAAGAAGCUUGUCAAAGUGAGGGAGUUUAAGGGGAAGAAUUAUGUGGAUAUUCGGGAGUUCUAUGAAAAGAAUGGAGACUUGUUACCGGGGAAGAAAGGAAUCAGUCUGACCCCAGAGCAGUGGAGGAAACUGCUAACUUUGGCGGAGGAGGUGAAUGAGGAACUCAGUAACCGUUAGUUUGGAACAAAGAUACUGUAUGAUUGUGUUACUAUUUGUAAGAUUAAUUAAAGGCUUGUUGAGCAAAUUAUAA